AUGGCGACUUCACUCUUCACUCGCUCUCUCCUCCAACAGUCGACAUCAAAAACCCUAAUCUCCUCCUUCCUCUCUCGCUCCUUCACUUCCACCUACACCUCCUCCUCCUCCUCCUCUCUCCUCCGCCUUGCUCUCCGUCCCCUCUCCGCUACAACCAACAUCAAUCUCUCUGUCUCUCGGUUUUCAAUCAGGUCGUUUGCUGUCCAACCGACGUCGUCUUCCCUCAACGACCCAAGCCCCAACUGGUCUAAUAGGCCUCCAAAAGAGACUAUCUUGCUUGAUGGCUGCGAUUUCGAGCAUUGGCUUGUCGUUGUGGAUAAGCCUGAGGGAGAUCCAACUCGUGACGAGAUCAUCGAUUCUUAUAUUAAAACCCUUGCUCAAAUUGUUGGCAGUGAGGAAGAAGCGAGGAAGAAGAUCUACUCAGUUUCUACUCGAUGCUACUAUGCCUUUGGAGCUCUGGUGUCUGAAGAGGUUUCGUACAAGAUCAAAGAAUUGAAAAAUGUCCGUUGGGUUCUUCCGGAUUCGUACCUAGAUGUGAAGAACAAAGAUUAUGGGGGAGAGCCAUUUAUUGAUGGGAAAGCUGUGCCCUAUGACCCAAAAUAUCAUGAGGAAUGGAUAAGGAACAAUGCAAGGGCAAAUGAAAGAAACAGGCGCAAUGAUCGACCUCGUAACGCUGAUAGAUCAAGAAACUUUGACAGAAGAAGGGAAAACAUGCAAGGGCGAGAUGGAGGCCCUCCUCCCCCUAUGGCUAAUCAGGCUAUGCAAAACCCUGCUCCCAACAUGGCUGGACGGCCACAAAACAUGGACAGACCAAACGGACCACCACCAUCACCACCACUGCCACAUAACAACUACAGGGCAGGACCAGGCGGACCAUCACCACCACCGCCACAUAACAACUACAGGGCAGGACCAGGCGGACCACCACCAUCACCACCACCGCCACAUAACAACUACAGGGCAGGACCAGGCGGACCACCACCUAACUAUAAAAUGGGUGGACCUCAUAACAUGGGUGUACCAGGUGGACCGCCGCUUAACAAUUAUAUGGGUGGGCAACAGACCAACAAGCCUCCACAUAACUAUAUGCCUCCACGGAACAACAUGGGAGGAUGGUCCAAUGACAUGCCAGAGAACAGGCAAAACAACUUCCAGAAUGGGCCUAACAAUGGAGGCUUCCAAGGUGGACCACCAAACUACCAAAACAGCUACCCUCCAAGCAUGGACGGAAGCAUGCCUGGGAACUUCCAGAAAGGGCCUAACAAUGUAUAA